ACAUUCGGUGCAAAGACUCAUUGCCAGAGUUCGUCUGGCAUCAAGGAACUCUGACUCCCUCUUCGCUCUGCAUCGAAAUUUGGGUAGUCUGACUUGUAUGGUUGCCGCUAUCUAAGGCUACAUGCCCUCUAUUACCUGUAGUGUUGCCAAAGGUAUAUUUGUUUGUUUCCCCUUUGUUCAUUGCCUUGCGAAUAGACUUUUUUCCUAUGUCAACCCAGCAUUGAAGCAGAAUUGCAUCCAGAAUACUCGUUCAUCCAGCUCAACUUGGGGGGAAAACGAUUUAAGGCGGUGCAUUUUUAACUACUACAAGAUUUAUUUAUAGUUAAUUAAAGAUGAGAAAACAAAGGCGCAGAGGUUCGGAGCGUUUGCAUUUCUCUAAGCAGCAUGAAAUUGCUUUUGCCCACCACCUUUUAAACAUGUAUAGAGCUAGUGAAAUUAAGGACAAUAACAUUUCUAGCUUUGUGGUUCCCGAAAUACAACGGCAGUUGAACUGCCAAUCCCGUACCUUCUUCACUUUCGAUAGUAUAAGAGCCAAAUACUAUGCAUUGCGAGAGCUAACUAAACUAUACAUUGCCUUCAAAAGGCGGGGAACGGGAUUGGAUUGGGAUAGCCAGAAGUUUACCUUCCUUAUGGACGAUAACAAGUGGGUCAAGAUGGAGCAGGUGAACCCAAAAUUUGUAAAAUUUCAAAAUGACUGCUCAGUCUAUCAUUUACUUGAGGAGGUAUUUGUCAACCAAGGCGCAGCAGGAGACUUCAGCUCUAACUUCGAGAACGACCACCGUACUUCAGCCGAGGAGCAAGACAUGGAGACUGCUGCACGAUGUGCACGGGGAAAGGGAAGGUCGAACUAUGUGGAUGACAAUGCUGAUGUUGAGGUAAUAGGGGCGAAAGAAGAGAAAGGGAAGAAGGGUAAAGGAAAACGGAAGUCGGGUGAUUGCUCAAGCAGUAGUCCUAUGUCCACCACCUCUGGUUCAGUAACUGAUAGAUACCUUAGGGCUCUUGACACCAUUGAGUCGCUGGUUAGUCGAAAGAAGAGCAGUAGCAUGAGUGUGUCAGUCAGCUCUCCGACCAAGUAUCGUUCUGGCCGAGAUGGAUAGAAGAAAUUGGACUACAACCCCGCCUGACUAUUUGGCUAUUUGGAAUUUAGUUGGAUCAGACGCCGACCGCAUCACCUUUACGAAGUUAAAAGGCUAUCUCCCGCCUGACCAUGGCACUCAGGAGCCCCUUCCCCCAACCCCGUUAUAGUCGUUUGUGCAUUUGGAGCACUUUUUUAAAACUCGAGUUGCUGCCUUUGUUUGUUUAUGCUUGAGACCAUUAGUUAUAGUAUUUGCUACUGGAACUUUGAGUGUUUUUUUUACUAUGCUUGUCAUUUGUUUAUUCAAAUUCAGGAUGCUUUAUGG